AUGUCCGCCAUCGCCAACAACAACUUCAGCCAGGAGGAAUUAGUGUCCUUCCGGGAGAGCUUCGACACGUUCGACAAGAAUGGCGACGGCGCCAUCAACGCCUCUGAGCUCAAGUCCCUCCUCCGCAUCGUGGGCGAAAAGUUCCAUGCCAAACACAUCUCUGAAACCAUGAAUGAGUUUGACACCAACAAGGAUGAUCAUAUUGAUUUCGAAGAGUUCUUGGUUCUCGCCAACAAGAUCGUCAAAAACAAGGCUCCCAUCAGCCCAUAA